UCGAAAGCGGUACGGACGUGGACGCUCUGGGCAGCUCUUGGCGGUACGGAUUGAAUAUAAAACUACGAUUAUGAGAACUCGAAAGUGUUAAUCGAAAUAACAUAAUAAAGAAAACAAAACAAUUGCUAACUGCAAGUGCCAUAUAAGCUUUAUCUGAGUCUAAACCAGUGAGUUGAAUAAAUUUUGCAUCUCUUCUUGCACAAAAUGUGGCUGAAAGCGUUCAGUAUAGUCGUGUUAGCGUUAUGUGCUGGAGCGGCUGCGUCGAAUUUGGACCGUUAUGAAGGCUAUAACAAAUACACAGUCUUCCACGAUGACGAGGUUGCCUUCAACUAUCUUGUCGAUUUACAAACAGAAUCAACAGAACUGGACUUUUGGCUGCUGACUCGCAAUAUGUCCGUCGUCACAGUGUCACCAACAGAGCAGUCCACAUUUGAGGCGCGAUUGAACGAACUGAAUGUACAAUUCGUGUCCAAGCCGCUGAUGGAGGAGAUGUCUGCUUUCAAUGAAACCCUCGGCGCCUGUGAGGGUUCUGAAUGCGAGCUAAAUCGCCCCAGACGACAGGCGCGCGGUUUCUUCUCGCACUUUCCACGCUACUCAGAGGUCUUAAAUUAUAUGAGCGCUUUGGCCGCCCGCCACCCGCAAAAUUGUCGCUACGAAUCGCUUGGUCGCUCCUCUGAGGGUCGCCACAUAGCGGCGCUCUCCAUAUCGCUAAACAGCCGAGUGCGUAAUCGUCGUGUGGCCUACAUACAGUCGGCGACACACGGACGUGAGUGGAUUACACCGCUAACUGUGCUUUAUUUGGCCAAUGAGCUGUUGAAUAAUUUGCGCGCAUUCCAAAGGGUGUUGCAAGAUGUCGAAAUUUAUUUGGUGCCAUUGGUCAAUCCGGAUGGUUAUGAGUACUCUUUCACGAAUGAUCGCUUUUGGCGCAAGAAUCGUCAUCGCUAUGGUGGUCGCUCCUGUGCCGGUGUGGAUAUCAACCGUAACUUCCCGAAUAACUGGAACUAUAAUGGCGCCAGUCAAAAUCUUUGCUCCGAAGUCUACUCCGGCACUGGUCCCACAUCGGAGCCAGAGACAGCGGCAGUCGCACGUUAUUUGGAAUACAAUCGUCAUCGCGUGAAACUCAGUUUGGAUGUGCACUCAUUUGGCAAAUUCUUGUUCUAUCCUUACGGUUAUUCGAGGAAUGCCGUCGCCCCCACCCGCAAUUUGCUACAUUCGGUUGCUCAACGCGCCGCCAACCAAAUCGCCAAAUACCGUGGCACCCAUUACACUGUCGGUACUUCGGCUAGCAUACUUUACGAGGCUUCUGGCGGCUUGGACGAUUAUGCUUACGGCAACUUGGGCAUCCCUAUGUCCUUCACGGUCGAGUUGCCCGGUGAGAAUUUCCAAGUGGCGCCAUCCGAUAUCAUUCACAUCUGCAAGGAGACAUUCGCCGGCUUCAUCGAGUUUAUUCGACACGUUAGCUUGUAUUAGUGUGAGAGAGGGGGGACUGCUGGCGUGUGCUGCAGUAAUGUUGAAUCUUAAUUACUUAAGUAAUGCAAUUUUUUAUGUCUGUGUGUUAAUUAGUAUAUAUUUAAGUAGCAACUUGG